ACUCUUUUCCUUUUAUUAUAUUUCUGUGUAUUACUAUGACGGCCAUUGACAUUCCUCGUGCAUUUGCAUAGUUCGUUUGCCACUCGGCAAAAUGUCCUCAUCUUGUACCUGCUGGCCUAGCGAACCGGAAUAACAAGAAUAUUUCAGAGAGCUUUGUUGGAAUAUCAUAGAGGGUGGUCUGUGGAAUGUCCUCCAGUCUCACAAAUGUGUUCAAUGGAUGAAAGUCGUAAAUUUUAUUCGAAAUGACAAAGUCAAAUAAAUCAAAUGAUUUGGCUUUAGCAUUACAUCAGUUCGACUGCGUUGGUAUAACUGAAAAUGCAGUUUUUCCCAGAAAUGCAAACAAAGAGAACUAUCAACCUAAAACUUUGGUGGAUAGAACUCUUGAAGAUAUUGACCCAACACCCAAUAUCUACACUUUGUUUGUGCAGUUUAAUCUUAAAUUUUUCUGGAAUGUCUUACUUCCUGUGGAAGUUAAGUGGAGUAAUAGAAUGACUAGUUGUGCCGGUACAUGUACUUUUCGUCCUAGAAGCCGUGAAUGUAUUAUCACACUCAGUGCACCAUUAUUGAAGCUUAGGCCAAGAAAAGAUCUGGUUGAAACAUUGUUGCAUGAAAUGAUUCAUGGUUAUUUGUUUCUGACAAAUAAUAAUCGUGACCGGGAAGGACAUGGACCAGAAUUUUGUAAGCACAUGGUUCGGAUAAAUAAGGAAGCAGGAACAAAUAUAACGAUUUACCAUACAUUUAAUGCAGAAGUAAGAUUGUACCAACAACAUUGGUGGAGGUGUGAGGGGCCAUGCCAGCACCGACCACCAUAUUUCGGAACUGUACGUCGUGCUAUGAACCGAGCUCCUGGUCCUUCAGAUUUUUGGUAUGCUGAUCAUCAAAGAACCUGUGGUGGCAAAUUCAUUAAGGUACGAGAGCCAGAAAGUAAAAAACCAAUUCCAAAGGCUAAAAAGUUUACUUCAAAGAAAAAUAUUCCAAGCUCUCAGAGUAUGUAUAAUUGGUUUCCAAAAGAUGAUAGUUCUCAAAAAACAUCGACUGCUCAACCGAAUAGUCGUUUCUCAAAUGAAGGGUAUAGUAGGAACGAUUAUCAGGACAAUUCAUCAACAAAAAACAUUCCAUAUUCUAAUGCAACAAGCAAUAUUCAAAGCAUAAGCAGUAAUAGUACAACAGCAGGUAUAACAAAACUUGGCACUGGUGCUAACAAAGUUCAUGGUUGGGGUAUCGGAGGUCCGAACACUCUAACAGGAAAUGUUCCUGAUAAAUCUAAUAGGACAGAUCCAAGUUUUUCAUCCCCCAUAAGCAGUUUAGCAAAACCUGGACCUAAACUAUCAUACUCAGGUAAAGUGGGAGGAACAGGCUUAGGAAGAAGUAAUUUAUUAGAUAAAUUUUAUUUAUCUGCUACUAGUCCAAGUCGCAUUUCUGUCAAAAGUCAGUUGGUUAUAUCAAAGUCAACAAAAAACUCCUCCACCAACGUAACUGACUCAUCUGCGAACAAGCCAAACAGUACCCCCACUGAAACAUCCCAAAUAAUAAAAAAGAAACCUAACAAAACAAAUAUAACGGUAUCUUGUCCUGUUUGCGAUGCAUCAGUGGGCGAACACGUUUUAAAUAUACAUCUUGACGAAUGUUUAGAAAGAGCUGAUAAGAAAUGUCAUAAUAAGGCAGAAUCAUUAACGCAUCAUGAUAAUAGUAAAAAUAAUUUACAAAGUAGCGAUAACAACAGUACAUUACAAAAAGUACCUGCAGGAAAUGUCAAAGUGAAUCCAUCUAUUAAUUUGAUUGACCCGAGUCCAGUAAAAAAACGAAAGGUUUCGGAAUGUAAUAGUAUUGAUAGUAAACAACCGAAAUUGGAUUUCCAUAAAGUUCCUGAGAUGGUAGAUUGUCCUGUAUGUAAUGUAUGUAUGGAGACAGAAUAUCUUAACAGUCAUCUUGAUACGUGUCUCACUAAAAGUACCAAAGAAAGAGAACAAAGUCUACCAAGUACUGUAGCACAGUCAACUCCAAAGCGCAUGGAUUCAGACAUUGAAAACAUUUUCAAUGUUUCCGAUAGCUGUAAUGAAUCGAUAUUUGAGAUUAGUUCUAGUUCAACUGCAUCUGAUGCACCUGAUAGUCCAUUACUUAAUACAAGCAAGUCUUAUAAAUGCCUUGUAUGCAACAAUGUGAUAAAAUCCAAUGUAUCUUUGAAUGAUCAUUUAGAGGAAUGCGUUAGAACUGUUUUUAAUGAUGACUCUGAUCCAUUUAUUGAUGAACCACCUGCUAAGGAUGAUACAAAUCUUGCAACUAAAUUUCCAUGUCCAAUUUGUUUGGAGCUAGUCUUGGAAAAUAUCAUGAAUCAGCACUUAGAUGUUUGCCUUGAGAAAGAUAAUUAAUGCGUGAAUAUAUAAUAUGAUGUUUGAUAGAAAUGUAUUUUUUAUUUUAUAAAAAUAAAUUAUUUUGCAUGUUAUA